AUGGAGUUUGACGAUAAUGGCCUUGCAGUUGUGCACCACAUGGUCGUCGCCGACAAACCCCUUCUCAACCAAGUUCGAAUAUUUUGCGAAGCAGAUCCGCAAUUAUUGGAACUCAAAGUACGCGAUCAGCAUCAAUUCACGCCUUUGCUUCUCAGUGCUGCAGUGGGCAAGGCUGAGUCGGUGAGCUGUUUGCUCGAGCUCGGGGCCGACCUGCGCCAGCGCUGCUCAAAAGGAUUCUCUGCCCUUCAAGUGGCCGCUCUCAAUCUGUACUUCGACAACGAAAAAUGUGUGAAAGCUAUCCUCGACUUCGACAAAAAAUGCUGGAAAGAACUCGUCAGCAUUAUUUCUAAUGGGAAAAAUGAAGAUUCUGCAGCCUGCUGCGAGCAACUCAGAAAGCUUAUUGUGGAAGAUGGCGGCGCGAAUGGAACACUUUGUUCAAACUUUGUGGACAAUUUUGACGGAGUGAAUGCCGUGAAGAGCGCGCUUCAAUACACGAAUCCUGACGCGGAGAGAUUAAUUUGCGCCAUUGAUCUGCUCACUGCAAUAUUUGAUGGCUGUCUCAAGUAUCAGGAGAUCUUUGUCGAGGCGGGCGGCAUUUGUACACUCGUGGACGUACUCAAGGCAUUUCAAAGCACGCCAGAGGUCAUUGGAUAUGGCUUCGACUGUUUGCUUCUCAUUUGCGAGUCGUCUUUAGACUGGGCUUUUAUCACCUUCCAGAACUCCAUUCUAGAGGUCAUCCUCACUUCACUCUCUCGCAGUCACGAGGCCGCCCUUCCUCUCGUCAUCGCCACGGCUAGAAUUCUCACUCAUGUUGUCGAGUCCGACGAAAGUGCUCCCGAAGUCGUUGGAAAACAACCCGUUAUUUUCGAGUAUUUGGCGAAUGCAUUCGAACUCGUCAGCCGCGAAAACAUAGAAGAAAGUGAACAACUUGUUCUCGCCCUUCUCGAUUCAGUCAGCGCUCUUUCGAAAACCAGCGGCAAUCAAAGCGCCAUCGCAAAAGUUCCAAAGCUUCUGACCGGAAUGAUCACAUUAGCGCAAGCGUCAAGUCACAAGACGAUGCAACUGCGCGCUAUCAGGACGCUCCAACGUGUGUCAGAGAACAGCCGCGUGUGUUCUACUGCUCUUAUAGAUCUUGGAGCAGCGCGAAAUCUUCAAAUCGUUCUGGAUCAGACAAAAUCACAGUUGGAUGUUAAAGCUUCUACCCUUGAAGCGCUGUGGACGCUUUCAGGUGGCGAGCUUGGAGAGCAAAAGGCGAUCGCAACGCUGAUAGGUGAACCCUUGCUAAUCUCGAUUCUACAAGAUACUCCACUCAACAACACCAACGACACGCACACGCUUCACAAAGUGGCCACCGAGGCUCUGGGUGUUCUCUGCAGAGGACCAGAAAGCAGACAAAAGGAGGUUCUCGAAGCUGACUCGGCAAAAGUACUCAUGACAAUCAUUCGUUCCAAAGAGCCUCAAGUCGUGAUCGAUGUUCUGAGAACACUUUCCCUUCUCUGCGUCAGUUCUGGACUCGUACCUAAUGUUCUUGCUCAAAAGACUGUCGCACGUGCAGCUUCUGGCUCCAGUUCUACUAUCAGACUGCUUCUAAAUCUUUUGAUUCACUCGAACUCUGACUCUGUCUCUGUCAAUGCUGCGUUUACUCUCGCCUGUUUGACACUUGGAAAUAAAACAACGACAAAAGAACUGCAAGCAGAUCCAGAUUGGUCGUUUCUUUUGGUCGUCAAAUUGUACUACUCGAAUGAUAUUAAAGUUCAACUUCAUGCAGCAGCAGCCUUGAGCGUUUUCUGUUUCAAUUCGUCGCAAAAUAUCGCCGCUAUUCGAGAAUGUAUCGAUGGUCUUACUGGCGAAUCCAUUGACGACCUGCUUAAUUCGGAAAUUCUAGCUUACAGAUACGAUGCUGCUUUUCACCAAGUCGUGCUGGCCAAGAGCAUUGAAGAUCGUGAUCCAGCUCUACUUGCCGCUGCAGGAGUGAAAAUUCUAAUUGAAGGAGCUAAAAAGGCGACAGAAGCAAAAGAUAGCUACGAUGUGGAACUCGCCGCAGCUGCUACAAAUCAUAUUGCAGCACUCAUUCGAUUGAAAGGCUCUGGAGUCGCCAAUGGGUUAAUUUCAAUCGGCGUCUGCGAAGUGCUCUGCGAUGUGAUUUCUUCCCCACUCAUGUCCGAAACGGGAAGGGAUGGAGCAGCAACAGCUCUGGGCUUCCUGACGAUGAUGCCGGAAGCUUGCAGGAUUAUUUUGAAAGAGAUUAGGGCACGGCCUUUCGUGGCGCAUAUGCUCAUGCUUCAUGCAAAGCCAAAAUCACUCAGCGACGAGUUUAAAGAAAGAUGGAAGACCUUCAAGACCGUUCACAAACCCGUGAUGACUUUAGAAGAGCAAGAGCUCCUGGAAAGCGUCAAGAACAAAAACAGGACGAAAAUAAUGUGCGAAAUGCCGUUGGUCUAUCAUCCCUGUAUCGUCGCAUGUUUCGUCCGCCACUUGCAAAUUAAAUCAGCGAGAAGCCGCACAAACAGAAGUAGGAACACUUCUGCAUCCAGUCCAGGCCCAAAAAGCGUGAAAUCUUCCGUCCGAGCAUAUUCUGCUGCACAAACAGAGCCGAAGUCUUUACCUGCGAUCGAAGAAUCUAUUUAA